AUGAAUGAAAACGAUCUAGAACUUCCAAAGUGUUCCAGGAAAACCAGAAAUUGUCCUCUACGCCUAGAUAUUCAGUUUCCUGGUUCAACUCCUGGACAAUACCAACAUAUUGCAAGAGAACCAAAUACCAACUAUGACGUUCAAAUGUUGCAUUACCAUCAAAGAAAGAAAGAGGCUGUCGCUAAUAAACUGAGUGGUAUAAAAGAAAUGUACAGCAGUCAAGCAAAUAUAAUUAGAAACGACAUAAAUGCUGAAAAGGCUUUCCUCAAAAGAUUGAUCCAAAUGAAAGUUGAGAAAAAGAUCGAAGACUACGAAAAUGCUGUUGAAAGAAGACGAGAAAGAUUAAGAGACCUGCUUUGUAAGGAAGAAAGGCAAUUUUAUUAUGAGACCGUAGACAGAGCUCAAAAAGGAAACGAAACAAGGAUGGAGGAAAUGAAGAGGCGCGCUGAAACUCUAAGGACUGAAAAAGAAGCUGAACGUCAGGCUAUUGUGCAAGAAAAGAGGAUAGAGCAGUACAAGAACCGCUCACAAGAGCUGAGGCCAUAUUUGGAGAAAAAGCAUAUAGUGGAGGCUAAAAAUAGUCAACUUCAACAAAUAAGAGAGAACGAGGCCAGAAGAGAAGCCGAAAGAGAGCUGGAUAGGAUGUGGCACCACUUAAUGAUGAGAGAAGUACAGGCGAAGGUCGAAAGGGAGCGGCAGGAAACGAUAAAGGAAAAGCAACAUCAAGAGGAGCUCAUGCAAGUUUGGAACAUGCAAAUAAAAGGAAGGGAACUUUUAAAGGAAGAAGUUGCAAAAGUUGAAGAGGAGGACAGAAUUGAAAUGUGCAAACUAAAUGACCAAAUCAAAAAGGAGAAAAUCGAAGCUGAGAUGGAGAAGGCAAGGAAAAGAGACCAAACAGCACAAGAACUUCGAGAGCAAAUCGAAAAGCAAAAAGAAUUAUUGAACCAAAGGAAGAAAGAGGAAAACGCUCUAAACGAUGCCUUCAACACGCUGGCUCAGCUGGAACUUAAGAAAGAAAGAGAGGCUAUCAAAGACUACACAACUCAAGCAAAAAGGGAAACCAUGCUAUACCGUAAGCAUCUGAAAGAACUCGUUGAUACCAGGAAAAGAGAAGAGAAAGAGUUGGACGAAUUGUUGCAUAAGUACCAGCAGCAAGUUCAAAGGAAGCAGGACGAAGCUAGAUGCAAAGUAAUUGAAGCAAAACGUAAAUUACACGAGAGCGUACUGCAGGAAAGAGCGGAGCAAAUAGCCCUCAAGCGGCAGGAAGCGGAACAGCAGCUGAAGGAAAAAGAGGCAGAGAACGAGAUGAUUCGAAUCGCUUACGAGAGAAAUAAGUGUCUGCAGGAGGAGAGCGAUCGCUUGGAAAAGUUGGCCAUUCAGCAGUAUCGUGACGAUUUGCAGAAGCAAAUCCAGUACAACAAUUUACUGCGGCAAAAAGAGCGAGAGGAGCUGGAACGUCAACUUCAAAAAGGCAAGGAAGAAGAGGAAAAAUACAAGAAGUUUGCAGAAAAGGCAGUCAAAGGAAUAUUUGAUGUAGGUGGUAAACAUCCCUUCCGGAAGGUGCUUGAAAGAUACGACUGUCACUGUCCUCCAAUUUUUAAUUAA